AUGGCUGGAGCGACGCUGCGUGGCGACCUUUACCGUGAGCAGGAGAAAGGCUCAGAGGGAGGCAAGUCUGGUGCUUUGACUGCGAUCAAUGUUGGACGAGCGAGCAUCAUCUCCACUGACUGCACUAUCCGGCCGCCCAUGCGGAUCAGUCGUGGUCAAAUGACUUUCUUUCCCAUGCGGAUUGGUGACAAUGUUUUCAUUGGCACUGGAACACAUGUCUCCGCGGCUGCAAUCUCUUCGCAUGUCCAUAUCGGAGCGGAUUGCGUGCUAUCGCCAUUUUGUAUCAUCAAGGAGAACUGCAAGAUUCUCGCCGAGACCGUGGUUCCGGCUCAUAUGGUUAUACCGGCUGGAUCCAUUGUGGGUGGUAGACCAGCUCGCAUCAUCGGAAAUACGGGAGAAGGAUGGGGUCAAGGUGGUGGAGGCGAAGGGGAGGAGUUUGUCGAAGGUGGAGAUCUGCGGCCGUUGGUGCGGAGCAUUAAAUGA